GGGGAGUUGGCAACGGCCGCACUAUGCUAGUGAUGCUACAUGUUAGCAUCACUAGCAUGUAUUUUCACGGACAUACGGAGGUCAGAUACUCCUCUUUUUGACGUUUAAAACAAUCUAGAACUUUCCACCAGGACGAAGGGCCCGUCCACCACGAGGCCGCCGCCGCCGCCGCCCCCCACCCCCAAGGCCCUUAAAAUAGACGAUGACCCAGUCGUCGUCGUCGUCCUGUCCCCCCCAUGGACCCCCACCACGCUCCUCCGUGCCUGGCUCUGCCCCCUGGUUCUGUCUUUCAGAGUGGAGGUGAGAGCACAGUCGCCCUAACUAACUGGUCCGCACCGGGGGAACCACGACAAGAAGCCAAACCGACACUCUGGUCCAGCCACGGAAGAGGAGUCUCCCCACCACCUGAGUCUCCGCCCCUCCACCCCGCUCCUCAGUCUCCGCCCCCCUCCGCAGCCAUGAGUCGCAGCAUCGUGCGGCAGAGCAAGUUCCGCCACGUCUUCGGCCAGGCCGUCAAGGCCGACCAGGGCUACGACGACAUCCGCGUCUCCAAGGUGACGUGGGACAGCUCCUUCUGCGCCAUCAACCCAAAGUUCCUGGCCGUCAUCGUGGAGUCCAGCGGGGGCGGAGCCUUCCUGGUGCUGCCCCUCUCCAAGACGGGGCGAGUGGACAAGAACUACCCUCUGGUCAUAGGACACUCUGGACCUGUCCUCGACAUUGACUGGUGUCCCCAUGAUGACAACAUCCUGGCCAGCGGCUCAGAGGACUGCACCGCCAUGGUGUGGCAAAUUCCUGAUCACUCACUGAUCCGCCCCAUCGCAGACCCUGUGGUGGUUCUGGAGGGUCACUCCAAACGUGUCGGCAUCGUCAGCUGGCACCCGACCACGCGCAACAUCCUACUCACUGCAGCCAGUGACAACCUGGUCAUCAUCUGGAACGUGGGGACGGGCGAGCCCCUCAUGUCCAUGGACGACCACCCCGACCUCAUCUACAGCGUCAGCUGGAACCGCAACGGAAGCCUCUUCUGCACCACCUGCAAGGACCGCCGCCUGCGCGUUUGCGACCCGCGCAAGGCCGAAGUAGUGGCGGAACGCCUGGCUCCUCACGAUGGCAUCCGACCAAUGAGAGCCAUCUUCACCCGAGACGGGAACAUCUUCACCACUGGAUUCACCAGAAUGAGCCAAAGAGAGCUUGGACUCUGGGACCCGACUAAUUUUGAGGAACCGGUUGCUAUGUUGGAGUUGGACACGAGUAACGGAGUCUUAUUACCUUACUACGACCCCGAUGCCAACAUGGUGUACCUGUGUGGAAAGGGAGACAGCAGUAUCCGUUACUUUGAGAUCACGGAGGAGCCGCCGUACGUGCACUACCUCAACACUUUCAGCAGCAAAGAGCCGCAGAGGGGGAUGGGCUUCAUGCCCAAAAGGGGCGUGGACGUCAGCAAGUGUGAGAUCGCCAGGUUGUUCAAGCUGCACGACAAGAAGUGUGAGCCCAUCACCAUGACGGUGCCCAGAAAAUCAGACCUCUUCCAGGACGACCUGUACCCGGACACGGCCGGGCCCGAGCCCGCCAUGGAGCCCGAGGAGUGGCUGGAGGGCCGGGAUGAAGACCCCAUCCUGAUGUCCAUGAAGGAGGGCUACGUGCCGCCAAAGAGCCGAGAGCUCAAAGCGGCCCGGAAGAACGUGCUGGACUCCAGGCCCGGCCCCCGACGCAGCAUGUCCACGUGUGACACCGCCAGCCUGCCGGUCAGUCCUGUGUCUCACACUAAUGGCAAUGUGCACAUGGUGAUGGCGCCUCACAGUUGCCUUAGCGACAGAUGUCACAGUAGACUAGAGAUUGUCCGGCUGCACAAUGUCGCCUUGCUUCUGCAUUUCACAUUCAGUUUCUCUUCCUUCUCCGUCAGCACCUUGACUUUGACUUCUCCUCUUACUUUCCCUCUGUCUCUGUCCUGUCUCUUUUGUCUCCUUUGUGUCCUCUUCGCUGUGCAGCCUCAGCUCCUUGAGAGGCUGGUGGAGGAGAUCCAGAACCUGAAGGCCACAGUUUUGUCUCAGGAGAAGAGAAUCUGUGACUUGGAGAACAAACUCUCACAGUAUACUAACGGGACUGCCUGAGCGCCGAAACCUCCUCCAAAUCCGCUCCUCGUGGACUGUUCUGAAGCGCUUAGCAAAGCUGCAGCGGCAUCGCAGUCCAGCGCUCCGAGUAGCACUGCGCUGGAACCUAAUGGACAUUGCAGUGUGAACAUAACGGACCUGAAACUCUUUUUAGUGUUUUUAUUUGAAGGAGUGACAAAGACUGAAGGGACGCGCUGAAAGGACAAAAAGAAUGUCGGGCUCGGAUUGUCAAAAAAAACGUAUUGUGGAAGUAGGUAAGAAGGUAAGGAGCCUUUGGUUUUUGCUGCGUCAGCAAAAUGACAACAAGGUGUAAAUAGACAAGCGUGUUCAACUUGUAGCAAAACAUUUUUUUAAUUAAAUAUUAGCCUUCUUUCAACAUUUUUAUCACAGUGUUUUUUUCCAAAAAAAAUCAUCACGUUGCAAUAUAAUAAACAAAU